UUAAAUAGUAUUUAUUUCAACAUGUUGAAAGUUGAGAAAAUCAAAGAAAAGUUUAGGAAAAGAAGGAAUUUUAAAGCGCGUCACAAUGUUAAAACGAUUAUUGAUACUUCAGUGCAAGAUAAAAUUCAAGUCGAGUUCAAUGAUGGGUCAGAAAUACCUCAGUAUGACAGCAGCAAUGCCCUUGUUCUUCCAAGUCAGAGGAGGAAGACCAAGAAAGUCAGGGAAGCUGAGCCUGUCAAACUCCUCUCCAAGAAGCAGAGGAAACGCCUUGAGAAAAUUGUGGAAACAAAGAAGAAGAAAGCUCAUCGUGAAGAACUCUUGGAAGCUCUGGAAAAAAAUCAUGCCAUGAACCGCAAAAAGUUCCCUAAACUGACAAGUCUUCAAGCCACUCAGACGGAAGGCAGGAAGAAGUUCCUGCAGUCAAAAUAUGAUGCAGAAACUGCCGAGUCACUUGCUACUGAAGACAGCAAUGCUGAUGGCAAGGCACGCCAUCUAGGCCGCAAUCAGAUCAGCAGCAGUGCCAAGCGCAAAAGAAAAGAAGAUUUAGCGUCUUCCAAGAAAGCAAAGUUUUUAAGGGAUCCUAGAAUUGUUUAUGCAGGACCCAGCAGCUCUGAAUCAUCUUCAGACAGCGAUGAGGAAAAUGAUAUUCAAGAAAUUAAAAAGGAUGGAGAAGCUAGUCUAGAGAACUCCAACACUCAAUUUUCUGAAGCAACCAAUGAUUCUGAAAAUUUAACAACGGAAGAUUCAAACUCUCCUGCUAAUGAAGAAAUGAGUAGUAAUAAGAGUCAUCUCUUAGAUGAAACAUCUUCAGAAAAUAAUACUGGUUCUUUCAACAAUACUAAAAAAGUAAAAAAUAGCUCAAGUAACAAGACUGAUGCUAUCAACAAUACUGCAAAAGUAAACCAUAGCUCAAGUACAACUGCAGUAAAGAUAGCUCCCACCUUUAUCCCUGUGAAGCGGCCUCGAGAGUUGGCUGAAGCCCGUAUGGACCUGCCCAUAAUUGCUGAGGAACAGGUCGUCAUGGAGACCAUUAAGGAAAAUAUGAUGACGGUCAUUGUUGGUCCAACAGGAAGUGGCAAAACGACUCAAGUGCCGCAGUUUCUUUAUGAAGCUGGAUAUGCAAGUUGCAAAGAAAUCAUUGCGGUCACGGAGCCUCGUCGUGUAGCGGCGGUAGCGAUGUCGGAGCGCGUGGGCUACGAGCUCGGCCUGAGUAGUCGCGAGGUGUCAUACCAGAUCAGGUUUGAGGGCAACACCACGGAAGACACGAAGAUCAAAUUUAUGACGGAUGGUGUGCUGCUCAAGGAGUUCCAAGAGGAUCAGUUGUUGUCGCGCUACUCUGCCAUUAUCAUCGACGAGGCUCACGAGCGCAGCGUGUACUCUGACCUGCUCAUCGGGGUGCUAUCGAGGGUGGCGCCCGCGCGGCACAAGCGUGGCAAGCCUCUCAAGCUCGUCAUCAUGUCUGCCACGCUCAGAGUUGAGGACUUUACAGAGAACGCCUGGCUCGUUAAGAAGCUCGGGGGACCUCCACCUAUUGUCAAGAUAGAAGGUCGUACUUUCCCCGUGACGGUUCAUUAUAAUAAGAAAACUGAAGAAGAUUAUUUGACUGCCGCAUACAACAAAAUCUGCAAGAUACACAGACAGCUUCCUGACGGAGCAAUACUCGUCUUCCUCACAGGUCAACAGGAAGUGAAUUUGUUGUGCCGCAAGCUGCGCGCGACCUUCCCAGCCACCGGCCUGCCGGACACUGAGCAACCUCAUGAUGGAGACGCCACCGAAUACAGAAAACGUUUGAACAGUCUGAAAAAGCAACGCUUAGCUAAGAAGGAACUGCUUUUAAAACAAGCUGCCGAAAAAGAAGCAGAAGCUGAGAAUGCUGCUCUGCUCACCAAGAAACUUCUCGAGGUCAACGUGCACGAAUUUGCUGCUGCAGCUUCGGUGUUUCCAGACAACGAGAAUGAAGCCAACGAAGGCGACGAUAUUGAAGAUGGCGAUGUUACUGAAACUUCAAAGUCGAAUGAAGAACAAAACCAAGAAGGCGUUCCGUCCGACGAUGACUUUGAUUUGGGCGAGAACGCUGACGAAGAUAAGCCUGGCGACGAUGAGAAGAAGGGCGUGGGCAACGAGCAGCCCUUGCACGUGUUGCCUCUCUACUCACUACUGCCUGCUGAUCGUCAGAAGCAGGUAUUUCAGAAGCCUCCCGCGGGCACGCGUCUCUGUGUCGUCGCCACCAACGUCGCGGAAACGUCCCUCACGAUCCCGAACGUCAAAUACGUCGUUGACUGUGGCAAGACCAAAGACAAGGUGUUUGACAAAGUGACAGGCGUGUCGAUGUUCCACGUGACGAACGUGUGUCAAGCCUCUGCUAACCAGCGCGCCGGUCGAGCUGGUCGCGUGGCUCCCGGCCACUGCUACAGACUCUAUUCCUCCGCCGUCUUCAACGACUUCGCCAAGUUUGCCAAGCCUGAGAUUAUGUGCAGACCAAUCGACGACGUCGUGCUCAUCCUCAAGAAUCUUAAUCUACCGGUUGUGAAUUUCCCGUACCCAACCCCACCCGAGCACGUGCAGAUUCGUCAGUCCCUGAAGAGGUUGACUCACCUGGGAGCUCUGCUAGAGAAGGACCGCGACGCCGGCGUGACUGAAGAAGCCAAGACUUCAGGUCAUAAUAACACACCCAUUCAUAAAGACACGACGGUGAUCACAGGCUUGGGUCGCCUCAUGAGCAGCUUCCCCGUAGCGCCGCGCUACUCGAAGAUGCUUUGCCUCAGCGCGCAGUUCGACUUGUUUCCCUACACCAUCGCCCUCGUGGCCGCUCUCACCGUGCAGGAAAUUCUCAUCGAAAUGCCUCUCGAUAAUUCCGGAGAGGAUUUUGAUCGUCGCCGAAGUGAAUGGCGUAAAAUUCGUCUGUCUUGGAGUGGCACGGGACAGACUAGACGCCUGGGUGACCUGAUGGUGUUGCUGCGCGCCGUGCUGGAGGCGGAGGCGAACAACAACACAAGCCACUUCUGCGAGCAGUACGGUCUUAGACAAAAGGGUUUGGUGAACAUCCGUAAGCUGCGUCGGCAGCUCACGAACGAAGUGAACAUGAUUGUCCCGGGGGCAAAUGUCGCUAUGGAUCCCAACAUGAAGCUGCCCACCGCAGAGCAGUGCUGUGCGCUGCGCCAGGUUGUGCUGAGCGGGUCCGUGGACCGAGUCGCGCGUCGUGUUGAUCUGUCUAGGAUCAAAAAAGCCGAGGAUAAAAUCAAAUGGAAAAACGCCUACCAAACAAUAGACUUGGAAGAACCAGUCUUCCUACCUCACUCGUCUGUACUGCGUAUUGACAAGCCGGAAUGGGUGGUGUACCAGGAUAUCUUCGAAACUCACAAAAUGUUCAUGCGAGGCGUGACGGCUAUUGAGCCUGAGUGGCUGAGUCGGUUUGGGCCGCUGCUGUGCAGCUUCUCGGAGCCGCUGCUGCGCCCGGCACCUCACUACGACAGCGACAAGGACGCCGUUAUGUGCUACGCCGACGCCACCUACGGACGGGCAGACUGGGUUAUCCCCUGCUGUCUCAUCCCGCACCCAACGAACACUGAAGGCUACUCAAGAUUUGCGUUCCAUCUCUUGAAAGGCGACGUGUUUAGCGAACUGCAGCCGUUCGCCCAACACCUCAUCGAAAUUGUUACUCUUCUGCGUCCGCUGGCGCUCAGAUAUCAGAAUCAGAAGGAUAGUUUGGUCCGAGCUUUGAAAAUUUGUGACGUGGCCACCAAAGAUAAACUCUUGCGCAUAUGGAAGAAACAACCGAACUAUUUGCUGCGCGAGUAUUGCAUGUGGCUGGCCGACCAGAGUCUCGUGCCGACUGUCAGCAAAAUGUGGCCUCCCGUGCCGAAGGAAGUCAACGAGUGGCUCGCCUAGAAGCUGCUAAAAUGAACCAGAAAAUCGUGUACCUC